GCUUAAUCUCUCCCUAAACAAGGUCAGAAAUGGAUAUGGUGAGAGAUCCAUAGAGUCUCAAGUCUCAAAUCUUCUUCGUCUUCAUACGCAGCAACCAAGAACAACCAUCAUCACAAAGCAUAUGGAUGCCACACAGCUACUUGUUGUUGGGCUGCUGAUCACCUGCCUAAACAGAACAGGGGCUCAAUUAGGUGUUUGUUAUGGAAUGAAUGGCAACAAUUUACCAUCUCCAAAAGAAGUUGUGGAUCUCUACAAAUCACAAAACAUCACAAGGAUGAGAAUUUAUUACCCAAAUCAAGCAACUAUCCUCGCCCUCAGAGACUCCAACAUUGAACUUGUGUUGGGUGUCCCAGACUCAGAUCUUCAAGGCAUAGCAAGCAGCAAUUCCACUGCAAUCAAUUGGGUCAAGAGCAAUGUAUUAGCCUACUUUCCUAGUGUUAGAUUUCGAUAUAUUUGUGUUGGAAAUAUAAUAAGUCCCGAUAGUAGCAAUGCCCAGUUCGUUCUUCCUGCAAUGCAAAAUAUUCAUAACACAAUUGCAUCAGCAGGUCUACAAAACCAAAUCAAAGUGUCCACAUCUAUCAUUUCCGGACUCCUUGGAACAUCCUACCCUCCCUCUCAAGGUGCAUUCAGGGACGAUGUGAGAUCAUUUAUAGACCCAAUUAUCACCUUCCUUGCCGACAAUGGUGCACCACUACUCGCAAAUCUGUAUCCCUAUUUUAGUUACAGUUCAAACCCAGAAGCCAUUAGUCUUUCCUAUGCCUUGUUCUCAUCCCAGUCGGUUAUGGUACAAGAUGGUAAGCUGGGAUAUCAUAACCUUUUUGAUGCCUUGGUUGAUGCUCUCUAUUCAGCUCUAGAGAAGGUGGGAGGCUCAACUGUUGAGAUUGUUGUAUCGGAGACUGGUUGGCCAUCGGCAGGAGGCACCGGAGCUUCUACAGAAAACGCAAGGGCUUACAACUCAAAUCUGAUUCAACAUGUGAAGGGUGGCACUCCAAAGAGACCUGGAAAGGCCAUAGAGACUUAUGUGUUUGCUAUGUUUGAUGAGAACCAAAAGAUCACUAAUCAAGAGUUGGAGCAACAUUGGGGUUUAUUUUUUCCAAAUAAACAACCCAAAUAUGCAAUUAAUUUCAGUGCAGAUCCUACAAAUAGCCCCUCAACUGAAUCAAAUAAGCCAUAUUGCCUCAAUUACUAUAUCACCAUGCAUCUCCCUUCUCCCCUUUAACAUCUAAUUAUCUGGCCACAUGGAUGGUAUGGUGAAAUAGGUCACAUCCUUUCAAGCUCUAUGCAUUAGUGAGGCUGACUGCAAUGAUGUCAAUAAUGCAACUUUGCUUCUCUGAUCUUAGAUGCGGUCAUUGGAAAUACACGUUUGAGUCCUUUCCAGGGAGUAGGAUGGAAGAACUCAAGAAAGUAAGAUGCAGGACAACCUGUUGUGUUUUGUUUCUAUUCUCUGUUAUUUCAAACCUCUGUUUCAUCACUUUUUUGGAGUCAUAUGAAUAUGUAGAGAUGUUGUGCUGGAUUAAUGUUUAUAUAUAUUGGACAAAGUUUUUCUUGUA